AUGGGUAAAUUCGAUAGCAAAAGACACAAAGAUCUCCGUGAUUUCAAGUCCAAAGAGAUCAAGAAGUCCUUGACUCAUAGAGCAAGGUUAAGAAAGAACUAUUUCAAACUUAUGGACAAAGAAAAACAAGAACAUGAAGAAAAGGAACAACGUGAAAAAGCAAAGAUGAGAAUCAGUAAUGAAGACCUGAACCCUCAAGAUAAUGAUGACCAAUCCAAUGACCAAUCCAAUGACGAAACUGACAGCAAAUCACAACCAAUCCAAUCUAAACCACCAACACCCAAAGUUGACGAAGAUCCAUUUGAAAAAAGAAAACAAUUAACAUAUCAAGAAAGAUCUAAGCUCAUCAAGGAGAGAAAAGAAGAGAAGAGGAAACAACAAAUUCAAUAUAUGAACGAAAAGAAAGAAAAAAUAGAAAAGGCUAAAAGACAAAGGGAAAGAUUGAACAAGAAAUUGUCCAGAACCACCAAAUAUGGACAACCUUUAAUGGGACCAAGGAUAACAAAUCUUCUCGAUAAGAUCAAACAAAAUCAAGACUAA